UCCCAUCCUAUAUAUAUUUAACUCCAUCCGACAAAAUUAUCAUAUAAUCUCUCUCCAUCUCACUCUCUCUCCCUGUCUCUCUCGUUUGCUGCGUUGAUUUUGAUCGGACAAUGGAUCCCAACAAGGAUCGCCCUUCAAGUGCCUUUGAUUCUCCUUACUGGACCACCAAUUCAGGAGCUCCUGUUUGGAACAAUGAUUCUUCUCUCACUGCAGGACCCAGAGGGCCAGUCCUCCUGGAAGAUUAUCAUUUGGUGGAAAAACUUGCUAAUUUUGACAGGGAGCGAAUUCCUGAAAGGGUUGUCCACGCAAGAGGUGCUUCUGCCAAGGGAUUCUUUGAGGUCACCCAUGAUAUUACUCAUUUAACAUGUGCUGAUUUCCUUCGAGCUCCUGGUGUCCAGACACCUGUAAUUGCUCGGUUCUCCACUGUUGUUCAUGAACGGGGAAGUCCUGAAACCAUUAGGGAUCCUAGAGGCUUUGCAGUGAAGUUCUACACCAGAGAGGGUGUCUAUGAUAUGGUUGGAAACAAUAUGCCUGUGUUUUUUAUCCGUGAUGGAAUGAAAUUUCCAGACAUGGUCCAUGCUUUCAAACCGAAUCCAAAGUCUCACAUUCAAGAAACCUGGAGAAUCAUGGACUUCUUUUCCCACCACCCAGAGGGUUUGCACAUGUUUACUUUCCUCUUUGAUGACAUAGGUAUUCCACAAGAUUACAGGCACAUGGAAGGUUUUGGAGUUCACACUUUCACUCUUCUCAACAAGGCCGGAAAAGCAAGCCUAGUCAAGUUUCACUGGAAACCUACCUGUGGCGUUAAGUGCUUGUCCCCCGCAGAAGCCAUCAAGAUAGGAGGCGCUAACCAUAGCCAUGCAACCAAAGAUCUCUAUGACUCAAUUGCAGCUGGAAAGUUUCCUGAGUGGAAGCUUUUCAUCCAGAUUAUGGAUCCUGAUCACCAAGAUAAAUUUGAUUUUGAUCCACUCGAUGUAACAAAAACCUGGCCUGAGGACAUCAUGCCCCUGCAGCCAGUGGGCCGGUUAGUAUUGAACAGAAAUAUUGAUAACUUUUUUCAAGAAAAUGAGCAGCUUGCAUUUAGCCCUGCCAUUGUCGUUCCUGGUAUAUACUAUUCAGAUGAUAAGCUUCUCCAGAGCCGGUUAUUCUCAUACUCUGACACUCAGAGGUACCGCCUUGGACCAAACUAUCUACAGCUUCCUGUCAAUGCUCCCAAGUCCCUUCAUCACAACAAUCACCAUGAUGGCAUUAUGAAUUUCAUGUUCAGGGAUGAGGAGGUCAAUUACUUCCCAUCCAGGUAUGUUCCAGUGCACAAUGCUGAGAAGUACCCGAUUCCUCAUUCUGCGGUGAAAGGAAGGCGUGAGAAGUGCGUGAUUGAUAAGGAGAACAACUUCACGCAGGCAGGAGAGAGAUAUCGAUCUUUUUCUCCAGACAGGCAAGAACGAUUUAUUGGUGUAGCGGUUGAUUUCUUGUCUGAUCCGCGUAUUACCCAUGAGAUUCGCAGCAUAUGGAUCUCAUUCUGGUCCCAGGUUGACAAGUCUCUUGGUCAGAAAGUAGCAUCGGGACUCAAUGUGAAGCCCAGCAUAUAAAAUUCUGUUAAGAGAUGCUCACUGCUGAGUGUGAGGAAGUGCUACACAAACAAGUUGUUUAGAGUCAACAAUAUAGCACUUGUUUAAUUACAAUUUUUAAUUUGUUGUUUAGUGUUCUCUGCUUCUGAUGUUCUUGGAGUUUUUGUAUAAUCUCUGCUAUUUUUCCCCUCAGUUUGUAAGUAAAAUAAGAAUGGUGCAAUUUGAUUGAAUAAAAAAACACUUAUUUUUCUUUGCAA